GAAUAUGUUAGCAGUGGGAAAUUCCAAGGGUGUUACAUACGAAUGUUGGUGGAAGCUAGCUAGCAAGAAAGACCCUGGAAAAGGCUCAAAUGUACGAAUACUCCAAUAACUAUUUAAGCUGCAAUAUAAUUCAUUGCAAUGUAAAGUUAGCAUGUUAGUUUCAUAGCAAGCAACAGUGCAAACAAAAUACAAAAUCCUUAGCAAGUUAGUUUUGGGCCUUUGGCUUUAACAAUUUGAAUGACUCGUAGUAGCAUCCAAAGUGUCUCUUCAAAUAGGAGGAAAUGGAAAUAUGAUGUGUUUGUGAGCUUUCGAGGCGAAGACACGCGCAACAAUUUCACUGAUCAUCUUUUUGGUGCUCUUCAUAAAAAUCGCAUUGUUGUCUUCAGGGAUGAUAUAAACCUAAAAAAAGGGGGAAACAUAUCAUCUGAGCUCCUACAAGCUAUAAAAGAAUCUCAUAUCUUGAUUGUAAUUUUCUCAAAAAACUAUGCUUCUUCCACAUGGUGCUUGCAAGAAUUGGUAAAUAUUGCUGAUUGCAUCCAUGUACAAGGACAAACUGUUCUACCUAUUUUCUAUGAUGUGAGUCCAUCUGAGGUACGAAAACAAACCGGAGAUUAUGAAAAACCCUUUCUUGAGCAUGGAGAAAGAUUCAAAGGAAACUUAGAGGCAGUGCAAAGAUGGAGGGGAGCCCUAACACAAGUAGCCAAUCUCUCUGGUUGGGAUAUAAAGGAUAAGUCACAAUAUGCGGAGAUUGAAAAAAUUAUUAAAAAGGUAAGAAGCUUAUUGGGAAAUAAGACUGAAACUUUAACUGGUGAUAUAGUUGGGAUGCACUCACAAGUGGAAGAAUUACAAAACUUUCUGAUUGAUAAAUCAUUCAUAACCAGCGAGAUGGGGAGAAUUUGUAUGCAUGAUUUGUUCAAAGAACUUGGGAAGAGCAUCGUUAGAGAAAAAUCAAUGAAAGAACCAAGAAAGUGGAACUGGUUGUGGGACUACAAAGAUGUUCACAAUGUUAUCUCAGAAAACAUGGUUAGUGGACCAGAAACAACAGUAGAACUUAAUGUGACCAUGCAUUGUGAGGCUUGUGCUGAACAACUCAAGAGAAAGAUACUCCAAAUGAGAGGAGUUCAAACAGCAGUGGCAGAGUUUAGCACAAGGAAAGUAACUGUGACAGGAACAAUGGAUGCAAACAAGCUAGUGGAUUAUGUCUAUAAAAAAACCAAAAAACAAGCAAAAAUAGUUCCUAAACCAGAACCUGAACCAGAAAAGAAAGAAGAAGAAAACAAAGAAGGUGAAAAACCUGCAGAUGAAGAAGAAGCUAAGCCAGAAGAGAAUGAAGGUGAAACAGCUGCAGAAGAAGACGUUAAGCCAGAAGAGAAUGAAAGUGAAAAACCUGCAGAUGAAGAAGAAGCUAAGCCAGAACAGAAUGAAGGUGAAAAAGCUGCAGCAGAAGAAGAAACUAAGCCAGAAGAGAAACCAACAGAGGAACCAAAGAAAGAAGAGGAGGGUGAGAAUAAAGAAGAAAUGGGGGGUGAAGAAAGCAAAGAAGAAACCAAGAAAAAAGAGAGUGGUGCUGUGGUUAAUAUUGAUGAAGGAAUGAUGUAUUAUUAUCAAUAUCCUCCACUUUAUGUGAUUGAACGUACUCCACCUCCUCAACUAUUCAGUGAUGAAAAUCCUAAUGCAUGCAGCAUUUCAUAAAGUCAUCAUAUGAAUAACAGAGAGAACAAUAUGAUAUUUUUUGUGUUUUGUUGAUGGAAUAUGUAGAGGAGAAAAUGUGCCUAAAUGGAAUCAUCACAUGAUGAUAAUAAGUUGAUCAAUGAUAUAUCGUUCUGUCUAUUUUAUGUACGUACGAUAUAUUAUUAUUAGGCUAAAAUAUGAUUUUGGUCACUGCAAAUAUGUUACGUUUUGGUU